CCUGCUUUAUCCCUCCCCUCUUCGACUCUGAUGUCUCUUCCUAACUUAAACCCACCUCCCCCCUCUCUCCGCUCCCCGACCUUCUUCCCCACACUCCCAUGGCGGCGAACUCCUCUCCUCUUCUCCGCGAUGCCUCACUCUCUUCAUCUAUUCCCAUCUCCUGUCCCUCUCUCCCCUUCCUCUUCUCCUUUCGUCCCCAAUCACUUGCCUUCCGCAACUCCUCCAGCUCCCUCUGCUUCGCCUCCUCCUCUUCCUCCUCUCCUUCUUCUCCUUCUCGCAUCAUUAGAGUCUCUACUGCUCCCGUCGAGCACGCCCCAGCCCCGGACUUCGACUUCGGGGAGGAGAUCGCCCGUCUCGAUGCUAUCCGGGCCCGCCUCCGGGAGGCGAAGAGCUUGAACGAGAAGCUUCGCGUUCUUGACGCAGAUUCUAGGGUUAGGGAUAUAUUUUCCGCUCGGAGGGGAGGUAUUUCUAAGGUUUUGGGUUUUCUGGAGCCGGCAGAGGUGUUCCUGCUCAAGUGUCUGGUUGCGGCCGGCCAGGGGCAUGUGCUUGGGUGGGAGCUGCAUUCGGGCGGUGGCGGGGGGCAUCGAGUGGAGAGGAGCGCGUUGAAAAGCGCGUUCGUUGCAUUGGCGGGUCUUAUAGAGAAGGGGAAUUUGGACGGUGAGUGGGUUGAUGGUGAUCGAAUUGGUGAUGAUGGGGUUGGAGAUAUCGGGCUGCUGAAGAAGCUUCUGAAGACUUUGAGUGAGGUCGAGCAGUUCCAUGAUUGCAUUGGAGGGAUCAUCGGGUAUCAGAUUAUGGCAUUACAGCUUCUUUCACCCCCAAAAGUUGAUAGGAAGACUCUGAACGGGUCAUCUCACUUAUGCAAGUCAUGGAAAAGCGAAGUUGUGGAGAUUCAUGUUCCCACUGGGCUUCAUCUUUUGGACAAUAUAGAAUAUGCAUCUCAAGCUGCUUUGUGGGGAAUUGAGGGUUUGCCAGAACUAGGUGAAAUUUAUCCUCUUGGUGGUGCUGGGGAUCGUCUUGAUUUGGUUGACACUGACACAGGUGAAUGCCUUCCAGCUGCAAUGCUUCCUUAUUGUGGACGAAGUUUGUUGGAAGGUUUAAUAAGAGAUCUACAGGCUAGAGAGUUCCUCCAUUUCAAAAUCUAUGGGAAGCAAUGUAUAACCCCUGUUGCAAUCAUGACAAGCUCGGUGAAGAAUAACCAUCAGCAUAUAACUGCACUCUUGGAAAGACUUGAAUGGUUUGGGAGAGGUCGACAAAAUUUUCAACUUUUUGAGCAGCCUUUGGUACCAGUUGUGGCUGCUGAAAAUGGUCAGUGGUUGACAAGCAGCCCAUUCAUCCCAGUAUGCAAACCUGGAGGUCAUGGUGCAAUCUGGAAACUUGCAAAUGACAAAGGCAUAUUCAAUUGGUUCUAUAGUCAUGGAAGAAAAGGUGCAACUGUACGACAAGUCAGUAAUGUUGUGGCUGCAACAGAUCUAACUCUUUUGGCAUUGGCUGGACUAGGCUUGCGCCACAAGAAGAAAUUAGGUUUUGCAUCCUGUCAGAGAAAUUUAGGAGCUACAGAAGGAAUAAAUGUGCUUCUUGAGAAGCAAAACCUGGAUGGGCAACGGGCUUAUGGUAUUACAUGUAUUGAAUACACUGAAUUUGAGAAAUAUGGCAUUAGGGAUAUGCCUAUUUCUCUUCGCAGUUUGCAGGCAGAGUUUCCUGCAAAUACAAACAUUCUUUAUGUUGAUUUAUGUGCUGCUGAGAAAGUUGGAUCUAGUCAAGAUGCAAGUUGCUUACCAGGCAUGGUGUUAAACUUAAAAAAGCCUAUUUCUUAUGUUGAUCAUCUUGGAAUUCAGCGUAGUGCUUAUGGUGGCAGGCUAGAAUGUACAAUGCAAAGCAUUGCAGAUAACUUUUUGAACACAUAUAACUCUAGAUGCAGGGAAGGCAUAGAAAAUGAACUGGACACGUUCAUUGUAUACAAUGAAAGAAAACGGGUCACUUCAUCAGCUAAAAGGAAAAGGAAACAGACAGAGAAAUCAUUGCACCAGACGCCGGAUGGUUCACUUUUGGAUGUCAUGCGGAACGCCUAUGAUCUUCUGUCAUAUUGCCAUAUAAAAAUUCCUAAGGUUGAAGACAACAACAAAUACUUGCAUUCAGAGCCCCCAUUUCUCAUAUUUCUUCAUCCUGGUUUAGGUCCACUUUGGGAGAUUACUAGACAAAAGUUCUUUGGUGGCUCGAUUUCUAAAGGUUCUGAAUUACAAAUAGAGGUAGCAGAAUUUUUGUGGAGAGACGUUCAGCUUGAAGGAAGCCUUAUUAUUGUUGCUGAGAACAUUAUGGGCUCAAUUAGGAUGAGUCAAAAUGGAGAACCAACACUGCAAUAUGGAAACAGAUGCGGGAGAUGCAAACUGCAGAAUGUUAAGGUCCAGAAUAAAGGAAUUGACUGGACAUCUUCAAACAAUGUCUAUUGGAAGCAUGAUGUCCAGAGAUUGGAGUGUCUGAAGAUUAUUUUGCAUGGAAAUGCAGAAUUUGAGGCAACAGAUGUAGUCUUGCAGGGUAGCCAUGUAUUUGAGGUUCCGAGUGGUUACAGAAUGUGCAUUAGCUCAGAUACUACAGGUAAUAUUGUUAAGUUAGAGCACAUAAGAGAGGACCUCAUGGAUAAUGGGAGCUGGUUCUGGAAGUACAAGAUAAAGGGCACGCACAUUUACUUGGAAAUGAUAGAGUUAUAGUAUCUUUAUGAACCAUUAAAGCCCCUUGCGGGUCACGGAUUGAUGCAGAGGUCACUUUCUCACCUCAAGCAAGUUCCAUUCUUGAUCAGUGUAACAUUAAUUAUACACGAAUGUAAUUUUUGCAGUAGGGUAUUUUAGAGCUUUCUCAUGACAUAAUGUGCUGUGUCCUUAUUUAUACCUCUUGUAAUAUAAAGGUAUAAGCCUGAUGACAUUAUUUGAUAAGGUUAAUGAAUUCAUCCAAUUUUUAAAGACGCACAAAA